AGAGCGAGCGAGCGAGCGGGGGGGAACGAGAGAAAAGAGUAAAGGAGCUCCUCUCUCGCCCUCGCCUUAGGUCUCGCUUCCCUUUUUGUUGUAGAUCUUUGAUUCUUAUAGGUUUGUGGUUUAGGUUUUUUUCUUUUUUUCUUUUUUUUUUUAGCUUUUGGUUGUUGGUCUUUGUUAUUUGGUGUUGGAUUUUGGUGGAUUUGUGAGAGGAUUAGGGUUUGUGGUUGUGGUUUCGGGCGGAAUUGAAGGCGGCUGGAGUUUUGGAGACGGAUCUGGCGGUUUAAGCUUCGGUUCAGAUGCAAGUUAUGGUAUAGAUCUGUAACAUGGAACCAUUCACCAGAUUGAUCUGUUGAAUUUUUUAUGUCUCAGAGACUGUCAAGAUGGAGGGUUGCCCAGCUAGAUUUGGUGCCAUUAGCCAACUAUUUCCAGAACAAGCAUCUGAGAUCAAAUCAAGAUUUUGGCAGAAUGGUUAUCAGGCACACACGAGAACAGAACUCAUCUGCCCUGAACCUCGUCGGGCGACUCGGGCUCCCUAUGUCUUGGAUGGUCUCAACAGAUCCUGCUCCCGGCCAAAGGGUAUGAUGCAAAUGCAUCGAGGGGAAUUUGAGAUCUUGGACAUAAUCUUGAACAAGCAGGAUGAUGGAGAUCUAGAUACAGGCAACCAAAUGAGCUUCUUCUGCGGCUCACCUCCUGUUCGCACAAGCAAUCCCAUUGUCCAUGAUGCAGUCUUCAUCAAACAAUCCCUUUGUCAAGUCUCUCCUCUGGGGCCGAUCUCCCCAGGGUCAAAGCUCUCAUUAGCAAGAACGGAAAGGGUGGAACGAGGAUCCCCGUCCUGUGGUUCUUCACUCGGGACGAAGCCCAAGGUGCGAAUUGAAGGAUUCACUUGCGGAAACUCAGAGCCGCACUGCGUGGUUCCUGCCUUUGCUUGACCUUUAGAAUGUGACCUUUUUAACAAUCUGUGUGCUUAUGCCGGAAAAGUUAGUCCGGUGAGCCUUCUGUGUCUUGUAAAUAGGUUUGAAGUUGUCCUCACCUUUCGAGUGUUGUCGUCUUGUAAAUAGUCCAGAGAUCGGUGUUUUUUGUGGUUCUCGCUUGCUCAUCUGUGUCGAUGAAAGCCUGCAGCUGAAGUUUGUCAGUUGGAGUUAAACAAACUCCCAACUCUACCAUGCAACUCUUUGUACAUAUACUUCCUUUUGUAUUGCAUUCGAAGUUGGAAUGUUUUUCGUAUUUUUUUUUCAUAUUCCAGAAGAGAAACGUUCUUGAGUCA